UCUGUUUCCAUAUUUGUUGAAUUCCUGACUGACAGCAUGGGGAUACAGUUGCUGUUUGCCGCGUUGGGAGUGGGGUUAGUCGCGAUGGUGACUGCUGACUGUCCGGUAGUGUGCGAGUGCCCCGCGGCGCCCCCGUCCUGCCCCCCUGGGAUCAGUUCGGUCCCCGACAGUUGCGGCUGCUGCAAGGUGUGCGCAGCGCAACUCAACCAAGACUGCCACGAGGGACAGCCGUGCGACCACCAUAAAGGACUGGAGUGCAACUACGGCAACGAUGUGGGUCGCACCCACGGUAUCUGCAGGGCAAAAGCAGAUGGUCGCUCCUGCGAAUACAAUGGCCGAAUUUAUCAAAACGGCGAAAACUUCCAUGCAGGGUGCAAGCACCAGUGUACCUGCAUUGACGGAGCCGUAGGCUGCAUGUCCCUUUGCCCCAGCCAUGUGCCCCUGGCUUCUCCUUCCUGUCCAGCCCCCAAGCUAGUGAAGGUGCCAGGUCAGUGCUGUCUCAGCAUCGACUGCCAUAAGGGAACCACUGUUGUGCCCCCAAUGCACCGCCAACCCCCACCUCCUGCUCACCUACCGUACUCCUUCAUCCCCUACUCGAUCUAUCCGUUCUCCAAGCCUUAUGCAAAACCUUACCGGAAACUGUAUCCUUACAAACCCAAAAAGGAGAAAGGCAUCUUGGGCAAUGAACUUUUAGAAGUGCGCCGCAAAUGGGACAAACCACAUGGAAAUAAGGACCUGAUGGUCUGGAGUAAGAUGGGAGGUCAAUGUGUGGUUCAGACCACCUCCUGGUCACAGUGUUCCCGGACCUGUGGGAUGGGGGUUUCCUCUCGUGUUACCAACGACAAUGCCCGGUGUAAACUGGUCAAGGAGACACGCUUGUGCAACAUUCGGCCCUGCAGCUCUAUGUCUAUCCCUGUGAAGAAAGGAAGGAAGUGCUCGCGUACACACAAGGCCCCAGAGCCGCAUCGCUUGUCCUACGCUGGCUGCAGAAGUACUCGCUUGUACAGGCCCAACUACUGCGGGGUGUGCAGGGACGGCCGCUGCUGCUCCCCUCGUCGCACGCGCACAGCCAGCGUGACCUUCGCCUGCCCCGACGGGGACCUUUUCAGUAGAUCCGUCAUGUUCAUCCAGUCCUGCAAGUGCAGUGAUGAGUGCAACCAUCUGAACGAGGCGGUGAUGCCCCCACAACUCUGGCUCUACGGAGACGUUCACAAAUUCAAGGACUAGUUGUUGUUGCCCCCGCUUCGCCUGCAUUCCUCCAUAAAAGCGUAAAUUGCCACCCAUUAGUGAUACUUUUUAUAGAGCAGCUGCUCCUAGCGUAGCUAUUGAAUAGAUGCAGGCAAUGAUCACAAAUGAGGAGAUUUUUUUCUGGAGGAGAAUUUUCUGCCUUUCUCGGAAUGUUCCAUGAACUGUGGCACUUCAGCCAAGGAGAAAGGAGAGAGCGAGGGGACAAACUCUUAAGGAUGGCCAUCAUUUCUUGCUACUCUAGAUGUUGCUAACUUAUAGAAAACUGGAGUUAUGUUUGAUAUGAAUGGAAAUCUGAAACAAGGACUUUAGUGGAAGACUUGACAAGACUUUAACAGCAAUUGCAAAAGGUUGCGGUUUGUCUCGCAACGGUAUUUAUUCCUUGAUAUUUAUUCAAGAGACAGACGUGUUGAAACUUUGGCGUGCCACUGGGAUAAGAGACUUUUCUUGGAGCCUCUCUGUGGCUGAAAUCCACAGACAGCUGUCAGUCACAAGCAGGAGAGGCAGACUGGUCCAUGACGGUCAGAAACCGGCAUCCAAAGACCAAUGACCAAGAAUGCCAGGGGGAGAAGAGCAAAAAAAGACAAGCUAAACCCGAUGGGUUUAGGAUUCGUACACACUCCGAGGAAAUAUGUCAAAAGUUGUUUAUACAGCUGGACUCAUCUCCUGCCUUUGCCUUCACAAGAAACUGAGACAUUUAGCAAACACCAGAAGAACAAGCCUGGGAUUCUGGCGUCGAGCAGUCGACCACCUAAUUCUGUGCAAAUUACAAUCUCUGAGGGGAAAAUCAGCCCCUCUCUGGUUUUUGCUAUAAAAAUAAAAUCUAAAAGCUGCGUGUGUGAUGAGGUAAACAUGCAAUUUGUGGAGCCGCGCUACUGCCUAAUCUGGCCUGUAAUUGAGCAGCACGCAAUGUGACUGAAACAAAACAAGAAGCCGUGUCUUUUCAUGUUAAAGAGGUGUCUGUUUCCUCAAACUGCUGACUUCGCAGUCGAGUCAGAAAUAAGUUUUCCGUUGGGUGCAAAACCUUGGAACUGUAAGGACUCUCAAAGAGAGACUGAUUCUAGGUAGGCACUGUGUAUUCUUUGAUUUAUAUACGACUGGGAAACAAAAGCAUCGCCCUUAACUUUUGCUUGGAUUAGUUUGUGCACCUUAUGUCGACUUUUAUACAGUGUCUCAGUGUCAAGUGUGAAUACUAGGCAGACAUGUCCAAUGUCCUUCUGUAGUACCACUGCAGGUGUUGUAGUUUCUUAUUUAAUCCUUGCCCAUGUAGAUGCUGUGGUUUUAUCAUUUUGACUAGUUCCAAGGGACACUGUAGAGCAGCUAUGUACAGAUGAAUUUGUAACUUUCAACCUGCUGUAUAAGGGCCCGUUAUUCUGUCGAGUUAGUUCAUGUGUAGUUUAAACACUGAACUCUGAACCUGGGUUCAGGUUUCUGAUGAGAACACCAUACCAAUUUGAGAGCAUUUCAAAGAAAAAAUUACUAACGGAAUUCUGCUUUUUAUAUCGUGGAAGGAGCGUCUACCCAAUGAUUGGUUUCGAGGUGAUACCUUUUUUUAAAAAUUUUACAAAUAAAGAAACUUUUACCCUUACUGUGUUGAAGUUUUAAACACAACCGUUAGCCAUUGAAGCAAUAUAAUUCUGUCAAGGCUGCAGUUAUCCCUGUUGUGGGUGCACCUUUUUUUUCUUCCACUUAACUUUCUAUGAAUAUGUUUGGCUGUAGCACUCUUCCCCACAACUGUGUCCCACUCCUCCUGACUCA